AUGAACAAUUCUAAGAAAAGACAAUAUGCAUACCUAGCACAACAAUUACAGCAACUACAAACUAACCUACAAACGACGAAAGACGAGAUGAGUGUUCUAUCAUCUCAGUGCAAUAAGAAUAUAGUGGGGCAAUUGGGUAAAAUAAAUGCAUCUUGGUUUGUGGCAUCAAACCGUUGGCUGGAGAACGAAAUUUAUAAGGAGAAAUAA